UUGCAAGCUGACAGAGGGCGAAGCGGAGUACGGGAUAAAGUAAACAUAGGCGCAAUGUCGAUGUUUCGACAGGUGCUUUCGAGAGAUCCGGGUCAACCUCCAUCCGGCAUUCAAGGAAACGCCUGUGCAAUAGGUUGGAGCUGCGAAGGGAGACUAGCCACGGCAACCACGUCAGGCGAGGUUCUCUUGGCAGACGUGGACAGUCACGGCAACGCCAGGGUCAAGUCAAGCUUUGUGGCGCAUGGGUCGAAGGACGGAACCGAGGCGCUCGCGUGGCACCCUUCAGACAGGAACCAACUGGCGACCUGCUCAGUCGACAAGUCCUUAAAGGUAUGGGAUGUGCGAUCGACGAACAGAGCGGUCCAGGAGCACACCUCCGACGGGGAGAACCUCAACGUCAACUACAGUCCCGAUGGCCACUACAUCGCCAUGGGGAGCUCCAAGAAAGAAAGGAACACGGAAACGGACAUCCUCGGCAUCUACGACAUGCGCACCAAGAAAAAACUAAAAUCGGUGAAAUUCACCAUCCUAGCGCACGACUAUAAGUGGUCACCGAACGGGGAAUACCUCAUCAACGCGACCGAAACGGGUUCAAUAGAUGUGAUGGCGUUCGGGUCAACGAAGCCCUUGUCUCGUGUACGGUCGACCAAACUCGCCCACACGGCGCCGUGCAAAGCGCUUGCUAUCGACCCGUUCAACAGGUACUUGGCGAGCGGCGGGGACGACGGGCUGGUGUCGCUCUGGGAGCUGGACGACUUUGUCUGCGUGCGGACCAUCGCGUGCGAGGGAGAGGUGCGAUCUCUUAGCUUCACCCCGGACGGAAGGUUCAUCGCCAUCAGCAUGUCGGGCGUUGGCGUAGAAAUCGCGGAAGUCGAGACAGCGGCCUCCGCACACUCGUUACCCGGGGCGAAAUCUCAGGCCGUCGAGUUCCACCCGAAGCGGCCGCUACUGGCCGGGAUUGCCAGUCGCCCUAGCCGGGGGGACUUCGGUCUCCGCUUGUGGUCGUUCGUUUGCUGAACCGUGUUCAGAACCAACUGAGAUGGACCGUUUUAGUAUCAAGUCUAACGGGGGUUAGUUGGCGUCCAGAAUGGGUCUUGGCUUGUUUCGUAUUUGGACGGAACCGGGCCUCGGUUGGCGUCCAGGCCCGACCUGGAAAGGGUUCUGGUUUGCGUUGAAAACCUCUGGUAAAGGGCUGAUUCGCGAUUUUGUCAUUCUGCUCGCCAGCCCCCUUAAACGAUUGUUCGAGUCGGGGGUAUGAAUUGCUAAUGCAUUUCAUGCGGACUUGAGCAUGGAACGAGGC